AUGGCUUCCAUUUCCAACAUCAUUGCUACAGCCAUGGCUGUGUUACUUGCUUGCCUCCUUUUUCAUCAUCAAGAAAUCUUGUCCGCGGCUGAAGCACAAUCCGGUGCAGAGACGAUGUCGUUUGGCUUAAUUGGGGACCAAGCAAUGUCGAAACUUCCUGGAAGACUCUUCCAUCAGUUGGAAGAACAUGCUAAGAAACAGGAUCUUCAAAUGAUUGAGGUCAAUGAAUGGAGGAGACAGAUGGAAAAACAGGUUCUUGAAAGUCAAGGUAGUAAAUUGGGGAUGAAUUUGGAAGCUAAGAUCGAUCAUCAGGCUAAGCAGUUUGCCAGUCUCAGUAAUCAGUUAUCAAGUCUUCUACAAAUUUGGCAGAAAGAUGAAAACAAGGGAGCUUUGCAUAGUGAAAAAUCCCCCCUGCUGCCUAGUCUAUCUGGCGUUUCCAAAAUCAACCUUGAAGAGGAAUCCCCCACUCCAUGGAGAGCUAAAGGAGCAGAAGAAGAUGAAGAUUUAGGAGAUUUGAAUUGGAUAAUGGGAGAAUCAGAAGAAAAUGCUCUAAUGGAAGUUGACAGGACUGCACCACUGAAUGCCAUAACUCAAUUAGAAGUCUGUUUUGCUAUGAAUGAUGAAGAUAGGAGGAUUAUUGUAGUUAUUGGCUAUAUUGGAAAGGUGUCUAUUAAAAUCCUGGUGGAUACUGGAGCUGCAAAGAGCUUUUUGAGUAGCAAGUUAGGUAUGAAACUGGGAUUCAUGGUUAGAAAGGUUAAACCAUUCAUGGUAAUUGUUGUUGAUAGCCACAGAAUCACUAAUGAUCAAAUCUGUCAUGGAGCUCAACGGUCAGUACAACAACACAAUUUCAAGUUUGACUUGAAGUUCAUGGAGUUAGGUCAUUGGGAUCUAAUCCUAGGCACUGAUUGGAUGACUUAUUUUAGCCCCAUUCUCUUUGAUUAUGAAUCCUUCUAA